UGAGUCCUAUGGCAAUAGCAUCACUCUCACUACAGCAGUUAGUCCAACGUAUGGCUGUGGUCUUUUUAAUGACACGUACAUCUGCACUGGUGCUCAGUACCGUUUGUACUGCAACAUAAGAAUACAUGGUUUCAACUACUGGAGAUAUCCGUACCAAAACCAAUUCCGAUUCCAAUGCUUGAAUAAUGAAUGUAACUGCAUUGGUGAUAAGGACACCUGUACAUGCUCUGGUAGUAGAUUUUCAUCCUGCUUCUGUACAAGUUACAAAAAUAACAUCACUCUCAUUACAGCAGUUAGUCCAGUCUCAGUGCCUGACUGUGGACUUAAUAAGGACACAUAUAACUGUACUGGUGCUCAGUACAGCAUGUACUGCAACACAAGUCUACAUUAUUUCUAUUACAGUAGCUCUUACCAGCAGUGCUGGAAUAAUAACUGUAACUGCAUUGCUAAUAAGAACACCUGCACAUGUUACUACAGUACUUCAACCUGCUUCUGUGAGGAUAGUAUCUCAACCACAACUCUCAGCCCCACUACUGUUACUUCUACAGCUCUAAAUUUCACACUGCUGAAUGAAUGCAUGAGUCAGACCUCACAAGGAUGCAUAGAGAAUGUUCUUAAACAGCUAGAGAACAAAACAGAGCUCCCUUUGAACGAUGUAACCAAUCUUUUGGAUUUGGUCUUCAAUGCGUCAGGGAAUACCUUUAACUCCUCAUCAGCUGACAUAAAGAAACUAGCGUCAGAAGGAAACAGCGUGUUAAAAAACAGUGAGAACAUUGUCUCCAAGCUGGUGAAGCCAACAAAAACUAGUUUCAAUGUCAGUUUCACUCUUGUAAAUUUAGAGGCAAAAGUCUUCAUGGUUGGACCAAAUGUCUCUUUCGAUAAAAUCCCUCAGCUGGACACAACAAAUGCUUCUGUGGACAUCGAUCUCAUUGGAAUUGCCCAGAACAACCAAGAAACAAAAUCAGCUGCUGUGGCUUUCAUGAGCUACACCACAAUGGAGAACCUACUGAGACCUGACUUCUUCAACACAUCAGAUGACUCAAUUAAAACCAUGAUGUCCACUGUGAUCUCAGCUACUCUUCCCAAAACUGUCAACACAAAACUCACCAAACCAGUCAACUUCACCCUGAAACACAUCAGAGAGUUUGUCUCUAGAGGCAAUCUGUCCUGUGUGUACUGGAAUAUCAGUGAGUGGAUUGUAGAUGGAUGUUCUGUUGUAAAGACCAACAGAAGCCACACUGUGUGUUCCUGUGAUCAUCUGUCGACAUUCGCUCUCAUCAUGCAAACCAGCAGCCCACCAGAGGAUGAUCCACUGAUGGAAAUACUGAAUUUGGUGGCUGUGAUCGUGGGACUGGUGUAUCUCAGUUUGGCCCUGUUGACUUUCGCUUUUUGUCGGUGGAAUCCUGGAGUGAACAAUGUGGCUCGAAUCAACCUCUGCUUGAGUCUGCUGUUGGCUCACCUUCUGUUCUUGCUCACACAACAGUUCUUGAGCUACAUACGCCCUAACCAGGUGUUGUGUGCUGUGAUAUCAGGUGUUCUGCACUUCCUCUUUCUCUCCUCCUUUGUGUGGAUGUUCAUUGAAGCUGUGCUUAUUUUCAUCUGUGUGAAGAACCUAUCACAGAUCAGCUCCAAACAGAGGGAGGUGCUUAGCAGCAGAUUCAUCAUUGUGAUUGGAUAUGUGAUUGCUUUUUUUGUGGAGGGUGUGUCUGCUGGACUGGUUCCUGAGGGUUAUGGCAGUGAAAAAUGCUGGAUUAAAAGGGAAAAAGGCUUUAUCUGGAGUUUUCUGGGACCUGUUUGUGUCAUUCUAGCAUUGAACACAAUUCUCUUCAUCAGCAUCAUCGUCAGUCUGAACUCAACUCUCACAAAACUGAAUGCAGGAGUUUCACAGAUGAAACAAACUAAGACUCUGGUAUUUAAAACACUGUCCCAGUUUGUUGUUAUUGGUUGCCCGUGGAUUCUGGGUUUCUUCACUGAGGACAAUAAGGUGGUGGAGAUUAUCUUUCUGUGCUUGAACUCCCAGCAAGGAACCUUCAUCUUCAUUAUCUACUGUGUCCUCAAUAAUGAGAUCAGGCAGCAGUAUGUGGAUUGGUUGAGCACUAUUUUCCCUGGAUUCGAAAGCAGAACCAUCAAAAGUGCCCCCCAAAAUUCAUCAAAAAUGUCAUAGUCCGUGUUUAGAGAAUGAAAGUCCCUACAGUGGCAAUAUUGCAGUGAUAGUGAUUCUUGCAUUAUUUGUGUGUGAUGUAAGUCUUGUGUGAUGUCAGGUGUCAGUAUAUUUUGAUGUAAAUCUAUUUUCUUUUAACGCUUAUAUUGUUAACUGUGAAACAUUAAAAGACAGUAUAUAUCUAUAUACACACUGUAUAUAUAUACAUACAGAUUGGUGGAGGGUUGUGGUAUUUAAGAAGUUUAUGCUUUUCCUAAAAUUGCUUCCAUUUUACAAAAAUAUUUAGUGUAAAGUAGACUGUAGGUAGAUGUUUUGAAGCACGAUGCAAUUCUUAUUUAAAUCAAUUAAUAAACAAUAAAUAAUAUUUUCUUUAAAGUUAUUUAGCAUUAUUGAGCUUUUAAACAUUCAACUGCAUGCCAAUCAUGAAGAUCACCUGCUUCAAAUAAGUUGUUCUCAUUUACCAAGACAAACAUUUAUGAAACAGUCAACUAUUUCCCCAAAACUCUGAGCACAAUCUCAAAACUACACACUCAUUUGUACAAACCCAAACACAUUCUCUUUAAAACAAGCUUUGAUGGUUAGAACCCAAAAGCUGAACAGACUCAGGGACAGAGUUCAAUGAAAUUACAAAAGGGCUGGCAAUAUAAUUAAUGGAAAACAGACGGAUGGGUGUACUGCCACUGGUGGCUGAAGCCUGGGCAGGCAGGAGGCAAGUUACGAAGUGCAGGGAUGAGGACUGAGGGCUGUAGACAAAGCAGGCUUAAGGUUAAUGGCAGAGAGCAGCGGCAGGCUAGAUGGGGAGCAGAGCUGAGGACAUCUGAGGAGGUAACUGGUAGUGCAGGUUGGCUGGAUGAAUAGUGGACCUGAAGCACAGGAGAAAACGAAUACUUACCGAGACUUACAGCAUAACUAGUCUUCAGCAUUAGUACCACUAAAGUAGACUGACAAUCUGGCAAAGGAUGCCUGAGAACCCAGGAUUUAAGUACAGCAGACUGGUGAUGAGAUAAUGAGAGGCAGGUGAGAUGUAAUCAGCAGGGAUGAGCUUCCACUCAACCGGAACAGACCAACUCACAAACACACAGGGGGAGACACUUUGACAAAUAUACUUUAUAUACAGUACAUUCUGUAUUUCCUUGUCUAUAUGCAUUUUAUCUUUUAGAUCUACACUAGAUGCAUUUUAUCAGUAUA